AGAAAAUACCCAAUUGAAUCCAAAGAAGUUGCAGACCAGAAAUUGGAAAAAAUUAGGGCAAGAUGGCAAAUUCGAAAAUUCAAACACCGGCGUAUCCAAGUGCAGCAAAACUUGCUGAUUCCGAUUGUUAUCCUCAAUACACUGCUUCGCUCAAAUGUUUGGAACAAUUUAGCUCAGAGAAGAGCAAAUGCCAAGAACAUUUCGAUGUUUACAAGGAAUGCAAGAAAAAGGAGAGGGAAGCUCGGCUAGAGCGCAAUCGAAGUCGGUCUUUAUUCUCAUGAGUCAUAAGAGAUUGAAGUCUAUACUGCUAUCAUUAUGAACUAUUUAUAAGGCUAAUAACACUUUCAUGUAACUUAUUCCAAGAAGCAACUAUAAUGUAGAUCCUUCAUGUUAGAAUCAAUGUGAUCGUGUAUGUUGUGGCCUUUUGGCUCGUUUUUGGUUAUAGUUUUAUUAAUUUGCAAUAAAUGAUGAGGGAUUGCAUUGAAGAUAUUUGAAUGUUGAUUUACAGGGAGU